CCCCUGCAUCUCCAGCACGCGAGAUUGACUGCUUGUACAGGACAGCCGCUUUAAACCUGAAUUAACUCACGAAGAGUCCUUCUUUUGGUUAAUAUUCUACAGUUUCGAGGACCACGUUGACCGGCAAAUGCGGUUUUGAGGACAAUGGCCCCCAGAUGAAGGCAGUGACGUCAAAAGAGAUGGAGUUAUCCUCAAUAGACGCCUCUGCUGCACUGGGUUUAUGGGGCAACAGCUCCAUUCCUGAUUUCCUUCUCAGUGAGAGUAUUUUUAAUGACACCUGCCUUUACAACACAUCAAACUGCACCAAUGGGACAGACACAGGGAACCGACCAGGAACAAGCAUGGCUGGAAUAUUUAUUCCUCUUAUAUACAUAAUCGUCUGCAUCGUCGGUCUGGGUGGGAACUCUCUAGUCAUCCACAUUGUCCUGCACUACUCCAAGACUGAGUCGGUGACUAACAUCUACAUUCUGAAUCUAGCUAUAGCUGAUGAGCUUUUUAUGCUAGGCCUUCCGUUCCUCGCUGUUCAGAAUGCCAUGCACUCCUGGCCCUUCGGAUCCUUCACGUGCAGACUGGUAAUGACUGUCGAUGGCAUCAACCAGUUCACCAGCAUUUUCUGCCUCACCGUGAUGAGCAUCGAUCGCUACCUGGCUGUGGUUCACCCCAUUCGAUCUUCAAAGUGGAGGCGACCGCCAGUCGCCAAAGCUGUGAACGGAACGAUCUGGGCGGUCUCAUUUGUGGUCGUCCUACCUGUGGUGAUUUUUGCUAACGUGCAACGAGAGGGAGGAAUCUGCAACAUCAUAUGGCCGGAGCCGGCCAAUGUCUGGGGAGCGGCGUUUAUCAUCUACACCUCCACCGUUGGCUUUUUCUUUCCCUUGCUAGUCAUCUGCAUGUGCUACCUCCUCAUUGUAAUUAAGGUCCGCAGCUCGGGAAAGAAAGUUCACGCCACCUCAACCAAACGGCGCAAGUCGGAACGGAAAGUCACGCGAAUGGUGGUGAUAGUCGUCGCUGUGUUUGUUUUUUGCUGGAUGCCGUUUUACGCCCUCAACAUCAUAAACCUGGUGGAGUCGCUGCGUGACAAACCUCAAGGCCUGCAUCUUUUCGUAGUGGUGCUGUCGUACGCUAACAGCUGCGCCAACCCUAUCGUGUACGGCUUCCUGUCUGACAACUUCAAGCGGGGUUUCCGCAAGGCUCUCUGCCGCUCCUCGCGGAGAGUGGAGAACCAUGAGCCCGCGGUGCAACAGCAUCAACAAGAAAGAAGAAGGGUGCUGAUGCCCAGGGAAAGCCUUAGGAGAGGAGUGAGAGAUGAUGAAGAAGAUGAGGAAGAAGAGGAGUACAGGGAGGAAAUGACAGAGAUGACGGAGAUCUGCAGGAUUACUCAGAAUGGAAAUGGAAGCGGACAACCAGAAAGCACUCGUGCCCUUUUCACCGAGAGACCCUCGGCUCCGGGGGUUUCUGAGACGGCUUCCCCAGGCAGGAGAGACAUUGAUGGGGAAAGCAUUGGGAAAGGCCCAGGACUUGGGCCUGGGGGAACCCUGCUGAAUGGGGCAAAAAAUGGGAAUGUUAAAACACUGCCAGAGGAACCAGUGGAAAAGAACAACUCAUUGGAGAUCAGCUACUUGUAAAAUAACUGAAAGGUGAAAAAAUUUGUAAGUAUUUUUUCUCCUGGCUUCUUUGGAAUCUUGUUUUAUUCUCAUAAUCCAUCAAGAACUUUAUACUAAAUAAACAAACUUCAUAGUAUGAAAACUAUUAUAGUUUUGAAGUAGAUUUUACUUUAUUUAUAAAUGCUGGCACAGAGAAGAUUUGUCAGCACCAGCAUUUAAAUGUAUCAGUACAUAAAAUAUAUGUGAAGUAUAUGUGCCUUCUAAAAUAGUUUGAGAGACUUGAAUGAAAUGAAUCUACGACUGGGCACCAAAAAAUGAGACUUGUAGCACAUUUAUUUGUGAUAAGCCAGUUGAGAAGAUAAACAUUUUGUACAUGUUACCCAGGCCAAAAAUUGCCAACCACACAUUUUGUUGAUAACGUUUGUAUGGUGGUCCAAAGUUUUCUGUAAAUGUGUCUUUUUCUAUACUUUUUGCCUUAUUUGUAAAAGUAUUGUACACUAAAUGAAAUCUGAAUGUACAAUUUAAUUAGUAGUAUAUAACAAGACAAUUUUGUGCUUUGUUAUUGAAUUCAAAAUAGUCAGCACAGCCAGCCCAGUCUCAGGAAAUUUCGUUAUAUAAUCACGUAACUUUUUGAUUCUUUUUUCGUGAUAUUAUCACAAAUUUCCGCGUUUUUCGUGAUCGUAUAACGAAUUCCUGUUUUUGUGUGAUUAUCACGUAUUGGUUACUCAACUGUUUGUUCUAUUUUCUUACCAUUGUCGCUUCGGUUUAGGGUUAGAUUUACAUAGAAUGACAUCCCUACCCAAACCCAACUCUAACCCUAAUGCCAGGCGACAUAUACAGGGUUUCCCGCAGAAAAUUUGUUAGUUAAGCUGGUAUGGUUGGGCAGUGCCGAGGGCGUGGCAAUCAAAGGGGCGGGGCGUAUGUGUCAUGAUGAAAAUGUAAAUAUUUUUAUUUAAAACACUCAAAUAAAACUUAAUUUUGAAGAAACUAUGAAAGAAAAUGAACAUACUAGAUUAUUAAUGAAUUAAAUGUUUUACCUCUAAUGGGUAUAGCUGCGUGAUGAAGUGAAACUAAAGGAGCACAAACUGAAGCAGAUGUUGUAGAACGUCUGGCGAACGAUGAUAGAUAGCGAAAAAACAGAUUAUUUCCCACUAAAUAAUGCACAUAAAUAAAGUGAGCAAGAGCGCUCAACAAUUAUAUCUAAUCAACAGGCACGUGAAACCUAGCUAGCAGGUUGCUCAAACAACAAAAUCAUCAGCUAACUUACUUUAAAUUUACAAGAACUGUAGACGAAUACAAUAACAGGCUUAAAUAACUCCAAAAACAUAAGUCCACUUACAGUUCUCACGGACACACGUUUUAUCAACUGGCUAUCCUCAAGACAUGACGGACAACGUCUUUAUCUCAUUUUGGCAGUGCCCUGAUAUAAAAAAUAAAUUAGAAAAAAUAGUAUAAAAACCAAUACAUAAAGUGACAUUCUAAUGCAAGCACCAAAUCUAACCCUAAACCGAAGCGACAAUGGUUUAAAAAUAGGAAAAAGCAGUUGAGUAACCAAUACGGUCACGAAAAAACUCGGAAAUUCGUGAUAAUAUCACGAAAAAAGAAUCAAAAAUUUAUGUGACUAUAUCACGAAACCUUGUGAGACUGGGUAGGCACAGCAUAGCAUAAAACGUCCAGAUUACAUCCAUUUCUAAGAAAAUAGACUUAUACUGUUAAUGCUCCUCAGUGUCACACACUGACAGUUCCUUAAUGGCUCAUGUUGUGCAGGGAGACCCAAUUUACCCAUCCUACACAAAUAGACACACAAACAGACAGAUUCUGGCAUUGAGCUUAAUCUAAGAGACUUUGAGCCUGAUCUUUGACCCAAUUGGUGUAUCCAAGACCAGCUGAUAAGGUGGCCUCAAUUAUUAUUAUUAUUAUUAUUAUCCAAUUAUCAGUUGCACACCCAAUAAACAUAUGCAUACACAAACAUACACAAUUCCAAAGUGUCACCGUACGGCACCGCAGUAUGCUUAUGUGACAUUCAGAUACCCUUUACUGAGUGUUAUAAAUAACGUUACCAUUGAGAUCAUGGCAUGCACUAACGUAUCACCUACACUCCCCAGCACCCUACGCCACCUCCUCCCACGCACAAACUCACACUUAGAUGGGCUCGGAGGCGUAUAGACAGCCAUUACAGGCACAUUAUGGAGAUAGAGCUACAACCGCAUCAAAUAACUGUACUGUCCCUGCGCAUUUCACAGCUUUCAUUUAAAACCGAUUGUUUUAAUUUUAAAAAAGAAUGUGUAAAAGGCUGUCAAAUGUUUUUUUUUUUUCUGCAAACUGGAAGGUGUUUAUUGUGAUUAUGUUUAAUUGUUGUGUUAUAUCUAUUGCGCACUGUUUUUACUACAUGCUCCCUUAAAGAUGCUGCCGUUCUGUCUGUGGGCAGAGCGGCACCCAUCCUGUGACCUUAUGAUUGGACAGCUCUCCGUAUCUAAAUGAAUGUCUGUGAUUCACACUGGACGUUUUGACACCCACCGAGGCUCACCCACAUACGAUAUGGAUGCACAAAGAGGCAAAUAGUGCUGAAGGCUGCAUGAUAUUAUUCAUUUCUUGGCACGGAUUUAUAUAGGCCUCUUGUGCAAACAAAGCCAUUUGCUCCAAGAUAAAAAUACAACGGUGCCCAGAUGUCCUUAGUCAAUAUUUUAUUAUUUUUGCACCGUAAAUGAGGUUUCUUUGCGUAAUCUCAGAUGUACAAUCUUGCUUUGAACUGCUUAAGGUGUAUAAACGUUAUAAAUUCUGUAUUAUGCUGAGGGUGAGCUGUAAUUUAUGCGCAAUGUUUUGGAAAGAGUUUUCAAAUGGAUUUAUAUAGCUAUAUGCUGGCUGCAUCCUGUGUUAGUUAAGUCCUUUCAUAUUUAAAAAAAUCAUUGUAUGUGUAGUCAAAAUAUGACCAAAUUCUACAUUUAUAUAUUUUCGAAAAGUUAAAUAAAUAUUUUGUCUCUGUGAA